CUAGCAGAGGCGCCUAUGUGAAAUUAAUUACCUUCUAACUUUUGUGAACUAGAAUGAAAGUAUCAUACUAAUUUCUACCUUAAGGUCCACAGAGCGUAGCGUAUAUUUAACCCAGCGCAAAUCCGCACUGAUUUACUCUGCCCAAGGAGAAGAUAGAAAACCUAGAGCUUUCGGAGAGAAAGAUCCCGGAGAUGAGCAUGCAGUUACCGAACGCCAGCCAACAGCUUGACGACGAUGGCCGGCCGAAGAGGACAGGCACGGUAUGGACAGCCAGCGCGCAUAUCAUAACUGCAGUGAUCGGAUCCGGAGUUUUAUCACUUGCAUGGGCCAUAGCCCAGCUUGGUUGGAUCAUCGGGCCCAUUACCCUCAUCCUCUUCUCCCUUAUCACCCUCUACACUUCCCGCCUCCUGGCCGAUUGCUACCGCAACUCCGAUCCUACAAACGGCAAACGGAACCCAACUUAUAUGAGAGCCGUCAAAUCAAAUCUCGGGAAAGCUCAAAUAUGGAUGUGUGGGCUGAGUCAGUAUGUCAAUCUCUGUGGAACUGCGGUUGGCUACACCAUCACGGCUUCCGUUAGCGCUGCAGCUAUUAGCAAGUCUCGUUGUUUCCACAAGAAUGGCCAUGAAGCGGAUUGCAGCAUCUCCUAUAGCAUGUACAUGAUUUCCUUUGGCGUGAUUCAAAUUUUGUUCUCUCAGCUCCCGGACUUCCAUAACCUCUGGUGGCUCUCCAUGCUGGCAGCUAUAAUGUCCUUCACAUAUUCGCUGAUUGGCGUUGGGCUUGCGCUGGCCCAAACUGUUUCAGGAAAGGGUGGAACCACUACUAUCACCGGAACCGAGAUUGGCGUCGACGUGACGGUGGCGGAGAAGAUUUGGAAUGCCUUCCAGGCACUUGGAGAUAUUGCAUUUGCGUACUCCUACUCUUUGGUGUUAAUUGAAAUUCAGGAUACGCUGAAAUCGACACCAGCUGAGAACCAAGUCAUGAAAAAAGCAAGUUUUAUAGGUGUUUUGACAACCACAGUGUUCUACAUGCUAUGUGGCUGCCUUGGAUAUGCAGCCUUUGGCAACAAGGCUCCCGGAAACAUGCUUACUGGGUUUGGAUUUUUUGAGCCUUUUUGGUUGAUUGAUAUUGCCAAUAUAUGUAUAGUGGUUCAUUUGCUAGGAGCAUACCAGGUGUUCAGCCAACCUGUUUUUGCGGCCGUUGAAAACUGUGUCAAGCAAAAAUGGCCGAACUUGAAAAUAUUGAACAAAGAAAUGAUUGAUACGAGCUGGAGAUAUUAUCCAAUCAAAAUCAACUUGUUCAGGUUAAUCUGGAGGACUGCAUUUGUUGUGACGAGCACGCUUCUUGCAAUCAUCAUGCCUUUCUUCAACGAUAUAAUGGGAUUUCUCGGAGCAGUGGGCUUUUGGCCCUUGACUGUGUAUUUUCCCAUUGAAAUGUACAUGAAACAGAAGAACAUUGCAAGGCUGAGCACAAAGGGAAUAUUUCUGCAGAUAUUGAGUUUUAUUUGCUUGCUUGUGUCUAUAGCGGCAGCUGUUGGUUCUGUUGAAGGAAUCAUCGUAUCUCUGGGUAAAUAUAAACCAUUCCAUGCCGAGUUAUGAGCAGCCGUUGCCAAAAUUUUAAGAAGCCUUUGUAGGAAAGUUAUUCUGAAUUCCUACAUCUGGUGAAUAUUUCAAUGUAGCUCUUGUUGGAAUUAGUAGAUGGCUAUGUAUAAAUGUAAGUGUUUCAUGCCUGUCAUUCUGAUCCUAGUUCUAUGUGACUAUUGUCGAAUAUCACUUAACAGGUGGAAUCAUGGCCUACUCUGCAGCACACAGCAAAAUAUUGUUAGUGAACAUAAGCAAUAACAUUGCAACGACUUGUUAAUUUCGCAUGGUUAUUCAGAGAACGAAG